AUGCAAACCCGUUCUCAAACCCGCUCCCAAGAACAACCCUCCCAACCCCCAAAAGAAGCUACCUACGCCCAAUCCUCGAAUCCCAUCUCACAUACGCCACAAGAGCAACGGGCAACUACCGAGCCGGGCCGACAACAUGGCGAUACCAUUGGGACAAUUAAACGCACAGCCGAGUCCCAUCCUUCGAGCGACGAAAAACUCGCUCGUCUGAGCGCACAGCACCAGCAACAUGAACAGCAACUGCACAAUGCACCUGACGUCGAUACAGACUACGGCGUGGAGGAGCAGCCCGCAGAGGGGUAUAUUGCGGAUACAGUUCAGCGUAAGGGAAUGGGGAUGCAGCGUGCACAGGCUGGUGCUCAUGCCGGUCCUGUUGGGAGUGCGGGUGGGCCUGGUCAUCCCGGUUUCGGGGAAGCGGAUGAUCUGGCGGCGAAUAUGGGAUCGAAGAGGGUUGAGCAUGAUCAGAUCCUUGGCGAUAGGAUUGGGAAGAGUCCGCCUGAGCCGGAGGGGGACGGGGAGGUUGUUGAGACGGAGGCUGUCAGACGACGGAAGUUGGAGUUGGAUCAGACGUUGGAUGUUUCGGGGGCUGUUAAACAAGCCUCUGGUGAUCCUGUAGUGGGUAAAUAG